AGUCAACGUCGUUUUCAUGCACUCGGUAUCGAAAUCUCUAGCAUGGCUGUAACAGCUUGAGUUGUCACAGAGAAAUUCACAUUAAGAAAUUCCAUCUAGGGGGAAAACCGCCCUAUACGGUCCAGGCUGCCAACGGCGGUGCCAAUGCAUCGUCAUACUUCAUACACCCUAUCCGCCGCCUUGGGAGUAGGCGUCGAAGGAACGUGAGGCGGAGCCAGCAGAUAACAUAUAUCCCUGACAUAUAUGUUCUUGAAGUCCGAACAAGGAUUUAUCUGAGCUGGGUUCCCUAAGAUGCCUCUACGAAUUACGACCUGGAACGUCAACGGCAUACGAAACCCGUUCGGAUACCAGCCAUGGAGGGAGAAACGGUCAUUCCAAGCGAUGUUCGAAAUCCUGGAGGCCGACAUUGUCAUUAUGCAGGAGACUAAGAUCCAGCGGAAAGAUCUUAGAGAUGACAUGGUCCUCGUCCCUGGCUGGGAUGUGUUCUUCAGUCUCCCAAAACACAAAAGGGGUUACUCGGGAGUCGCCAUCUACACGCGAAAUUCCAAGUGCUGCCCCAUCCGGGCCGAAGAAGGAAUCACGGGCGUUCUCUGCCCUCCCAACUCGUCGACGAAAUACCGUGAUCUCCCCGAGGCCCAGCAGAUCGGGGGUUACCCGCGACCUGGCCAGCUUUUGGACGAAGUCGACGAGGCCCUUCUCGAUUCCGAGGGUCGCUGCGUGAUCCUCGAGUUCCCCUCGUUUGUCUUGAUUGGAACAUACAGUCCUGCGAAUCGCGAUGCAUCCCGUGACGCUUUCCGGAUCGGCUUCCUUAAUGCCCUGGACGUCAGGGUCCGAAACCUGGUCGCCGCUGGAAAGCAAGUCAUCUUGACCGGUGAUUUGAACGUCAUGCGUUCCGAGCUGGACACGCUGAACGUGGCCGAGAAUCUACGGAAAGAAGGGCUGACGGUCAAUGACUGGAUGGCUGUGCCGGCACGACGUCUCUUUAAUCAGCUCGUUUUCGAGGGUUCUGUCAGCGGAGAGCGCGAUGAGGGUCGCCAGGAACCUGUUCUCUGGGACUUAUGCCGGUGUUUUCAUCCAUGCCGCCAGGGCAUGUUUACCUGUUGGGACACGAAGAAGAACACUCGCCCGGCCAAUAACGGCAGCCGCAUCGACUAUAUACUGUGCUCGGCAGGCAUCAAGCAGUGGUUUAUCGACGCUAACAUUCAAGAAGGGCUGCACGGAUCGGAUCACUGUCCGGUUUAUGCCACUCUGGGAGAUGUGGUCAAUGUUGGUGGCGGGGAGGCUCAUCUCCUCGAUUUGAUGAACCCUCAGGGGAUGUUUCGAGAGGGAACGAGACUGAGAGAAUGGUCACAAAAGGAUCUUCUCCCCCUGUCCGCGAAGCUCAUACCCGAGUUUGACCGGCGACGUAGCAUUCGAGACAUGUUUAUGAAGAAACCGUCUACUACGUCAACCCCGACAACGCCCAAACCGUCCGACUCCGCAGAUGAUUCGACGGAUUUCGAAACAAAGCCUCUCCAAGAGAACAAAGGGGUCGCACUUGAGACUCUGGACGUACAGACCCAAGAAACUGUACUCCCAGCAAUGCCAGAAGAACUCCCAACUACGAAUAGCUCUCUCUCAUCUCAAAGCACGACCACAACCACAAGGCCUGAGGCGAAGUCCUCGUCGAAGAGGCCUGCAGAACCGCCGUCCCAGCCGAAGAGAACAUUCAAAAGGACCAAAACGAACGAGAGCGAGGCAAGCACUAAAGGAAGUGGAGGCGGUUUCGCCCAGAGCACGUUGAAAGGGUUCUUCAAGCCCAAACAAACCAAUGUCGUUCCAUGCACGGCAACGGCGCCGUCUGAGACGAGUGCAUUCGAAUCACUCCUGACAGUGACGAAUACGUCCCCAACGGGAAGCAGGGAUUCCCAAGCCGACGCGACCGAUGCACCUGAGGCCUCGACGCACACUAUAUCGGGUUCAUCGAGCAAGCAGGAAACAUCGUCGUCGACGCAGUUGUCGAACUACGCGAUCGAAUCCGCCGAGAAGGUAUUCGACCCAAUUCAGGCGAAGGAGUCCUGGUCAAGACUUCAGCUAGGGAAGAGGAUGCCGCCGAAAUGCGAACAUGGUGAGCCUUGCAUCAGCCUUGUGACUAAGAAGCCUGGUGUCAACUGUGGGCGAUCAUUCUACAUAUGUCCAAGGCCUUUGGGGCCUUCAGGAGAGAAGGAAAAGGGAACGCAAUGGAGAUGCGGAACGUUCAUUUGGAGCAGCGACUGGAAGGACCGUCAGUAGCAGACUGGAGGUAUUUGUGCUGCCAUGGGAUCUAGGAAUGAAUACACGGAUGAGCAUAGCUCGGUACUACACCUGAAUGGAUCAUCAGACCUCUGCAGACAAGAUAUGGUCACGGCGAAACAGAG